AUGUCUUCUCAUCGCACUACUCCGUUCCUACUUGUUCGUCCAUUUCGGGUUCGUCUAUCAAUUUUAGAUCUACGGACAAGUCAGUCGUCAAACACGAAUGAAACUUCAGCGGUAAAUCUAACAACACAUCCAACAAAUCCUUUAACCUUGAAAUUAAAUGACAUUCUUUUGGAACAAAAUCAAUCGUCAACCGAUAUUCACGAUCGAGAUAUCAUCCAACGGUUCGUUCAAGCGAAUACUGAACUCGAAGCACGUAAAAUUCUUGCACAAAUGUGGAAAGAAUCUCGUUUUUGUGAUUUGAUGCUCGUUGUCGAUGGAAGUGAAUAUCUCGCACAUCGAAUUGUCUUAGCGGCAUUCAGUCCAAAAUAUCGAAGUUUUUUUCGCGAGCGCCGCACCGAUUUCGUCACUCGAACUCAUCUUCGUCACACUUCACACAAAGGUCUGCAAUUAGUCUUGACGUUUCUCUACACCGGUGAACUAACACUGACGUUCCGGAAUGUCAAAGAAGUAUUAACUUGUGCGAAAGAACUCGAUAUCGGAAAAAUUUUCGAAAUUUGCGAAGAAUUUUUAUCCACCUUCGAGAAACGACAUGUUUUUCGUGUUUUGGAAUUAGCCCGGUAUUACGGAAUGAAAAAAGCCUUUUACCAAUCACAUUAUUACCUUUCAAAGAACUUCAAUCAGUGCAUUAACAUGAAAACAUUCCUUCAAUUGCCCUAUACAACAAUUGCGAACAUUUUAUCCGAUGAAACCAUUCAAAAUCGUGAUGAAACCAUCGUUUUAAGUCGAAUCUUGAACUGGAUUACUGCGAACCACGUAGACAACAGUCAAAUCAUUAUGCAUUUAUUCAAAAGAAUCCGAUGGAAUAAAUUAGAUUAUGAACAACAAAGAGAAUGGUUGGCGGCGAGUCAUGAAUUAGCUGAAAAUACCAAAUUAACACUUUUCAUCAAAGAACAAAUGACUAUCGCCUAUGACAAAUCUAAACAUCGUUCAAGUUCGAAGGUGAAAACUGAGUUCAUAUAG